AGUCAAGGGAGAGCCAAGGCAACCAAUAUUUUGGGUUUCUUUUAUUUCGUUUGUGAAAGAUUAUUUAAGAAAGGGUGUCGAGGGGAAGUUUCCUGACAGGAAUUUUUAAAGCCGUCUAUUAGCAGACGAGCAGGAGAGUCUUGGAUGUCAACGCCUGACAAACUCUUGAGACUAGCUACCAAACCACGAAAAGUGACUUUCUUUCUGAGUCUUUUCUCCGGCCCUUCCGAUGGAAGCAGAAACAGGGAGCACCAUGGAGACCAGAAAGGGCACCAGUCGAGGCGUUCGAAUUGCACUGGCCCUGUUUGUUGGUGGCACCCUGGUCCUGGGCACACUGCUCUUCCUAGUGAGUCAAGGUCUCCUAAGCUUCCAAGCUAAACAGGAGUACUGUCUGAAGCCAGAGUGCAUAGAAGCCGCCGCUGCCAUCAUGAGCAAAGUAAAUCUUUCUGUGGAUCCUUGUGAAAAUUUCUUCCGGUUUGCUUGUGACGGCUGGAUAAACAAUAACCCAAUUCCUGAAGAUAUGCCAAGCUUUGGGGUUUAUCCUUGGCUCAGACACAAUGUUGACCUCAAGCUGAAGGCACUUCUGGAGAAAUCAGUCAGUCGAAGGCGGGACAUUGAAGCCGUACAGAAAGCCAAAAUCCUUUAUUCAUCCUGCAUGAAUGAGAAAGCGAUUGAAAAAGCAGACGCCAAGCCCCUGCUCCACAUCUUGCGGCAUUCACCUUUCCGCUGGCCUGUGCUUGAAGCUAAUAUUGGUCCUGAAGGGGUUUGGUCGGAGAGAAAAUUCAGCCUCUUGCAAACGCUUGCAACAUUCCGUGGCCAAUACAGCAAUUCUGUGUUCAUCCGUUUGUAUGUGUCCCCCGAUGACAAGGCGUCCAAUGAACAUAUCUUGAAGCUGGACCAAGCAACACUCUCCCUGGCUGUGAGGGAAGACUUCCUUGAUAACAGUACAGAGGCCAAAUCUUAUCGGGAUGCCCUUUAUAAGUUCAUGGUGGACACUGCGGUGCUUUUAGGAGCUAAUAGCUCUCGAGCUGAACAUGACAUGAAGUCAGUGCUUAGACUGGAAAUUAAGAUAGCUGAGAUAAUGAUUCCACAUGAAAACCGAACCAGUGAGGCUAUGUAUAACAAAAUGAACAUCUCAGAACUCAGUGCAAUGAUUCCCCAGUUUGACUGGCUGGGCUAUAUCAAGAAGGUCAUUGAUACCAGACUCUACCCACACUUGAAAGACAUCGGUCCCUCGGAGAAUGUGGUGGUCCGCGUUCCACAGUACUUUAAAGAUUUAUUUAGGAUAUUAGGUUCUGAGAGGAAGAAAACCAUUGCCAACUAUUUGGUGUGGAGAAUGGUUUAUUCCAGAAUUCCAAACCUCAGCAGGCGCUUUCAGUAUAGAUGGCUGGAAUUCUCAAGGGUAAUCCAGGGGACGACGACUCUGCUGCCUCAGUGGGACAAAUGUGUAAACUUUAUUGAAAGUGCCCUCCCUUAUGUUGUGGGGAAAAUGUUUGUGAACGUUCACUUCCAGGAAGAUAAGAAGGAGAUGAUGGAAGAAUUGAUUGAGGGUGUUCGCUGGGCCUUUAUUGACAUGCUGGAGAAAGAAAAUGAAUGGAUGGAUGCGGGAACAAAAAGGAAAGCUCAAGAAAAGGCAAGAGCUGUUUUGGCAAAAGUUGGCUAUCCAGAAUUUAUAAUGAAUGAUACUCAUGUUAAUGAAGACCUCAAGGCAAUGAAAUUUUCAGAAUCGGACUACUUUGGCAAUGUGCUGCAAACCCGCAAAUAUUUAGCCCAGUCUGAUUUCUUCUGGCUCAGAAAAGCUGUUCCCAAAACAGAGUGGUUUACAAAUCCGACAACAGUCAAUGCCUUUUACAGUGCAUCCACUAACCAGAUACGAUUUCCAGCUGGUGAGCUGCAGAAGCCCUUCUUUUGGGGAACAGAAUACCCUCGAUCCCUGAGUUAUGGUGCUAUAGGAGUAAUUGUUGGACAUGAAUUUACACAUGGAUUUGAUAAUAAUGGUAGAAAAUAUGAUAAAAAUGGAAACCUUGAUCCUUGGUGGUCUGUGGACUCGGAAGAAAAGUUUAAGGAAAAAACAAAGUGCAUGAUUAGCCAGUAUAGCAACUAUUAUUGGAAGAAAGCUGGCUUAAAUGUAAAGGGGAAGAGGACCUUGGGAGAAAAUAUUGCUGAUAACGGAGGCCUGCGGGAGGCCUUUAGGGCUUACAGGAAAUGGGUAAAUGACAGACGGCAGGGGGUUGAAGAGCCUCUCCUACCAGGCAUCACAUUCACCAACAACCAGCUGUUCUUCUUGAGCUAUGCUCAUGUGAGGUGCAAUUCCUACAGACCAGAAGCUGCCAGAGAACAAGUUCAAAUUGGUGCUCACAGUCCUCCACAAUUUCGGGUCAAUGGUGCUGUUAGCAACUUUGAGGAAUUUCAGAAAGCUUUUAACUGUCCUCCGAAUUCCAGUAUGAACAGAGGCCUGAAUUCCUGUCGACUCUGGUAGCUGGGAGUGCUGGUUCCUACCAUUCUGCCAGAGCUGAGGGAUGCCAGUAGAGAUGGCAACGACGGACUCAGCACCUACCGCCUUUUGCCUUUAUUUCUUUGAGAACUUUAUUUUUAAUGCAUUUUUAGUAUUUGGGUAGUUGACUUGCUUGGAUCUAAACAGUAUCUGUUCAAAAUCCUUGGGCUUAUAAAAGAAUUCAAGAGCUGAACCAAAUAUAUUUCAUGAGAAAGCCAAACCAAUGAAAACAAAUGUCAAAACUAUUUGGUUAAACUGGCAUCCCUAUUAUCUGUUUUGGUUAGCCACAGGACGGUGGCACAGAAUUCCAAUCCACAGCUUUGCAGGUGACCUGAGUUGAGUAUAUCCAUUGAAAGGACCAAUCUCUGGAAACUGUCACCCUCAUUGUGUAUCUCCUAAUUCUGAACCGAGCAGACAUCGAGAAAAGAAUUUUCUGUUUCCAUGUCAAGAACAUAUGGCUUUCAUUUCCCUUUAGCACAACUAUAUAAACACCACACUGAGGAGGGAGUAAAGGCUCUUCCAUCUCAGCCCACUUAAUGUUACAUCCCUGGAAAAGAAAAUCCCUUUAAAAAACUUCUGGAAUUAAGGCACUUUAGUCUAUAUGAAUCCAAUUAAAAAAAUCCUGCCUAGAUCUAAGGUGCACAAAUUUACUCUUUAAGUGUUAUGAAGGGUUUAUCUUUAAAAAAGCAGUGCUGUAUUUUGAUCCUUAGAGCAUUAUUUUUUAAAUGAGCAUCUUUCGUGUUGAUUAAUGUAGUAUUAGUAUGUAUGUAUGUAGGAUGAAAUUGUUAUCACAUUUAAGAAAGUGUGUAGGAUAAAAUUGUAAUGGCAUUCAAGUGGCUACUUGGUAUUUCUUGUUUAGUUUUAGUUUUAUUUAGGAUAGGCAUUUCCCUACCCCCGUCACAUUAACCAUUGUGCAUGGGGUGCUGGGUUAAGUGGGCCAAUAGAAAACUUUCAAAAGCAAAAUGACAAAUUCAGAUGAACCACAGGAGGUCAUUUUGUAUCCUUCUGACUUGUUACCCUUUUGCAAAAAAAAAAAAAAAAGUAAGUGUGAGCCACGUCCUUUUGUAACCAUGGGAACUUCCGAAGGGAGGAAAAUGGAAGGGCAGCAUCAUGAGGAAAACAAUUACACUGCAUUAGUCUGAGGAGAGUGAUUUUCCCCUUGACUUCCUCCUCUCUGAGUGGAUACACUUCUGAAGGGCAGCAGCCUUUUCCUCCCCUUAACCAUGGUUUAAUGUGACCUUGGUUUGUAUUUCUAAAAGCAAACAGUAUUAUUUCAGGUGUUAGGAAUAUAUGUGCCUUUCUCCGGUGCAAGCAUUUUGAUUUGAUAAUCCUCAUUUUAUUCCUGUACUCGGGCACUUAAGAAUAGCUGGUUUGUCAUGCUUAUAAAAAUAGUGCAUUCCUUGUAGACUUCCUUUUUUUAAAAAAUUCCAAAGAAACAUUCCUGCAGGUCAGAGAGAGUGUUUGAUAAAACUAUAGCAUUAUGACUUUUGAAAUGGUAUUGAUGCUUGUGAUUAGUUGGGGCUCUCCAAGUUUCUGGAUGGCAUGACUAGUUAACUAAUUCGGUACAACUUCGCUUAUGAAGACAAACAGAAUCAUUCCUAGUAGCCACACACAUUUUCUACACGAACUAGCUUUCCAAAUGGUUCUGUCUGACCCUCCAAAUUACAGUAUUGUUCUUCUCCUGUGAGACUGAUUUUUUAAAGAAAUAGACACCAAUUAAGUGGUAGAGAGAAGGUCAGACACACCUGGAGGGAUGGAAGAAAAGCCGGGUAGCUGGCCUAAGGAAAAAAGACAGGGUUUUGGUAAUCCUUGCUAAACAUGGCCACCGGAGGAGAGCCACAAAAUCUUCAAAACUAAUUAUGGGAAAUCAAAUGGAAAUUAAAUAUUGGCUCUCAGGCUAGGGCUGCAACAACAUACUUCUCUGACUCACAUAGCAGCUGUUCUGCAAGUGGACUAUUAACCGGGCAUGUACGAGGUUUUAUUUUUUUAUGUGUGGGAGAUUCUCUUGUGUGAGUCAAGGAUUUUGUAUAUUUAAAGCUGCUGAAGCUGCCUUGUUUGGCCUUGCUGCCAUUGUCUAAAUUUUGGUGAGCGUUUCAGCAUGUGUUCAGCAUAGGCCUCCUAUUUCCACCCCCCUUUAGGAGAUGGAUUCGGAUACGGCUGAUGCAAGCUCAGAACUCAGAAGUCAUCCCCAAGCCUAUUUAGUGCCUUACCUCAAUGAAGCUCACAGCGCAGCCCAUAACUUUUCUCUUAUUUAGCCCUGGAGCACUGCUAAGAAGACACUAAGAACCAUGGCUUUCCAGACGGAUGGUGCUCAUGCCAGAGAAAUGGGAAGGCUUAAAAUUGCUUGUCAAAUAUUUCAGAGUCUCGAAAGAUAAUCUCCGUGUUUUGGGCUUCUGACCUUUGGAUUAACUUGCAUCUCUUAGAUUAUCAUCUUUCUUAAUAUGUUUAUUCAGCCUGUAUUUCUAAAGUAACUUAGUAUUUGGUAGCCACCAUUUUUGAUAUUUUGAACAUAAUGUCUCGAUGCAUCUUAAAUUCUGAAAUAGUAUAUGGCUGUUUCACAGAAUAACACCCUGGUCAGCAGUGGCUCUACCCUACUGUUUUGAAGAAAGAUGUUCUUGGAUUGCGCAUUUAAAGAACACAUCUAUGGGGUCACUAGAAAACUAGUAGAUGUGAUUUUUUUCCCCCUUGUGAAACAAUGAGAAUCAUCAUUGU